AUUAACACAGUUGCCUAAGCAGCGGCAUGUGCUAGCGAAAAGCAGCAAGUCUCCGCCACUGUCUUUCUCCUCCGUCUCCUACCUCUCACUCCCAGCUGCUCACCAUCAGCAUGGCGGUCUCCCUGUCCUUCCUCAUGUUCCUCCUCAUCUCUUCCUCCUGCGGUGCAUCCGCCUGCGAGAGGUGCGUGCGCCGGGGCAAGGCGGCCUACUCGCCCUCGCUGUCCCCACUCCCUCACGGUGGUGGAGUCUGCGGGUACGGGGCCAUGGCCGCGGAGAUCAAUGGGGGUUUCCUCGCCGUGGGGGGGUCGAGGCAGCACAGGGGAGGGCUUGGCUGUGGGAGAUGUUUCCAGAUGAGAUGCAGAGAUGCAAAGCUGUGCAGCAGUGGAGUGCGGGUCGUGCUCACCGACUUCCACAGGAGCAACCGUACCGACUUCCUGCUCAGUGGGCCCUCUUUCGUGGGCCUGGCCAAGCCCGGGAUGGCCAACGAGUUGAAGAGGCUAGAUGCCCUGUCCGUGGAGUACAAAAGAAUUCCCUGCGACUACAAGGACAAGAAUCUGUCCUUACUAGUGGAAGAACAUAGCCAAAGGCCAAACUAUUUGGUCGUCAAGCUCCUGUACCAAGGUGGCCAAACUGACAUCCAUGCCGUGGAAGUUGCUCAGGUGGGUUCAUCGGACUGGCGGUUCAUGGCCCGGGUCUACGGGCCGGUGUGGAGCACCGACCGGGCCCCCGCUGGCCCACUGCAGUUCCGGGUGGUGGUCACCGGCGGGUACGAUGGCAAGUGGGUCUGGGCCGAGCAGGAGGUCCUCCCGGCCAACUGGCGUCCGGGCCAGGUCUACGACACCGGGGUCCGCAUUGCCGACGUGGCAAAAGAGGGCUGCCAAGGUUGCGCCACGCUGGACUGGAAGUGAAGAUGGCUAGUGCGCCAUGAACUUUCUCGGUGUUCCACCUGACGUGCGUGGCACUGCGAAGAGACCUGCUUAGGUAGAUACAUAGAUAGCAUCAGUCACAGCUCAUCAGAUGGUGAGAGGAUGGCACUGGAGCUGGAAAAGGUGCACCAAAUUCGCUGUCAAAGACUCGAGAGAAGAUGGGUGUGUGGACUAGGAGCUUUGAUCCUUGCUGGUCUAUGAUCUGUUGGGUAGCUUGGCUCUCCUGAUCUUCUCCUCUUGCAGUGUGUUCAUUGAACCAUGCCUGUUGCUGCAUGUGUGCAAGGGAGAUGUGUCCUCUUCAAAAUGUGAUGAGAUGGCUCAGGACGAUGUAAACAAAUGCGGCUACAUAGCUACCCCCUGCUAAAUGCUAAUGGUUAGAAUAAUGAGAACAGUAGAGUGGCCAUGUUUUUCCUA